UUUUCCAGUCCCGACCGAUCUUGCCGGCCACGCACCCAAUGAAACCGUCGAUCUAGGCCAGAGCCUCAAUGACGCCGUGAAACAUAAGCCUGACCCCAAAAAGUCCAAGCCCUUGCCGUCCAGGUGACCUAUUCGUUUUUUCCCCUUCUCAAUUUCUCUCCCCGACCAUCGGCAAACACCGGGAGACCUAGAUCUAACGCCUGCCGCCGCGCUUGCAGUGGCGACACGACAUCGAUGACGACCUCGGCCACGACCCUCCUCCCCAGGUUCCUCCUCCCGGCCCUGAGCCCCAUGUGGCGCGCGGCAGCUACUCCAACCGCCCGCCCGGCCGCCGCGGCCCUCCGGCGGACCGCCGUGUGGACGAUCCGGUACGCGUCGUCCAAGCCGACCGGCGCCGGCCAGAAGGGACCCCUCAUCCUCCAGAAGCCCACCAAGUUCAACCCGCCCUCCCACGGCUCCCGGCUUCCCAACAAGAACGUCCCGAAACACUACGGCGGCCCCCUCAGCGGGCAAGAGGCGCGGGCGCAGCGCACGCGCGAGUAUCCCGGCACCAUGGCCCCCGAGGGCACGUGGGCGCAUUGGUUCUUCAACAACCGCAAGAUUCACCUCUUCAUCUCGCUGGGAACCCUCACGACGCUGGCCAUCACGACGCUGAUCCUCAAUUUCACGCAAACGUCCCCCUUCAAGCACCUCCUCCCCCCCGCCUCCGAGUUCUGGAGCAGCCCGGUCGCGUUCAUCCGCACCUGGGUCCACGUCUUGCAGCUGCACGAGCGCGACCGCAACGAGAAGGCCAUCGCCAUGCACACGCGCCACACCGACGACGUCGCCAAGCGCCAGUUGUACCGCAAGGUCCACGGCCUCGACAAGGAGAACCCCAUCGCCAACUUCCUCGGCAUGAAGGAGGAGUCGGAAGAGGAGAAGGAGGCUGCCGUUGCCGCUGCCGCCAUCGAGGCGUCGCCCGUGGCCGGCAGUGCCGAUGUGGUUACGGGGGCCGAGGAAAAGAAAAAGAAGUGGCUCGGCGUCUUCUGAGCGACGGACGCCAGAUAAUCCGCCAACCAUGUACAACACGACUUCUGGUUGAGGGAGAACUGUUUUUGUAACUGUGAUAUACCCUGACCAACACACCACCGAAAAAAUACCACCAAUGUACAAUUAUGCAUCUCGAACCCAGAGCCACCAAAUUGGUAUCAUGACUUUUGUCUUCCCUGCCAAUCGCCCAUCC